CCCCGCCUCCCUAAGGGCAGACGCGCCGGCCGCUCGGUCCCCGCCCCUCGCCGUCGCUCAGCGCGGGAGCCGUAACCACCCGCCUCGCCCGGCCUCUCCGCGGCGCGACCCGCGCUCCGCCAUGCGGGUUGAGGGCACGAAGCAAGGGCGCACGCCCAGCUGGCGCACCGCGCCUCUCAGCCCGGAAAUGACUGUUCCAGGGAGGUGCCCUGCUUCCCACACUUGAUGGGAUUGGACGUCGCGGGUGAGGUCAUCACCGGGUGCCUACGGGGAACCGGAAGCCCAGGGUUUCUGGGGAAUCAUGGCAGUCAAGUGGACUGGUGGACACUCUUUGCCUAUCCUCUGUCUGAAUGUGAGCAAAGAUGGACUGGUGGCUUCAGGAGCAGAGGGUGGAGAUCUCAUGGUCUGGGGCGAAGAAGGGACUCCACUAGGACACAUGCAGUUCCAAGGAGCUGAUGAUGUUACCAGCAUCUUGUUUUCUCCCUCUUGCCCCACCAAGCUCUAUGCCUCACAUGGAGAAACUAUCAGUGUCCUGGAUGUCAGGUCCCUCAAAGACUCCCUGGACCAUUUUCAUGUGAAUGAAGAAGAAAUCAAUUGUCUUUCAUUGAAUGAAACUGAGAAUUUGCUGGCUUCUGCUGAUGACUCUGGGGCAAUCAAAAUCUUGGACUUGGAAAAGAAAAAAGUGAGCAGAUCCUUGAAGAGACAUUCCAACAUUUGUUCCUCUGUGGCUUUUCGACCUCAGAGGCCUCAGAGUCUGGUGUCAUGUGGCCUGGAUAUGCAGGUGAUGCUGUGGAGUCUUCAGAAAGCCCGUCCAGUCUGGAUUACAAAUUUACAGGAAGAUGAAACAGAAGAAAUGGAAGACCCCCAGUCACCCGGUCAGCUCCUAAACCCUGCUCUAGCCCACUCUGUCUCUGUGGCAUCCUGUGGCAAUAUUUUUAGUUGUGGUGCGGAAGAUGGUAAGGUUCGAAUCUUUAGAGUGAUGGGAGUCAAGUGUGAACGAGAACUGGGAUUUAAAGGCCACACUUUGGGGGUAUCCCAGGUCUGCUUUCUGCCAGAGUCAUAUUUGCUACUUACUGGAGGGAAUGAUGGGAAGAUAAUGUUGUGGGAUGUGAGUGGUGAAAUGGAGAAAAAACAGAAGAGUCCUGCAAAACACACCCACAGGAAGAAAGCUAGAAGAGCAGGUUUCCCCAAGCAGGGUGGAAACAUUAGUGCCACAGGAGCAGAUGAGGAACACACAAAGAUUUUGCCAAAGCUAAAUAUUGAACAUGGAGAAAAAGUGAACUGGCUCUUGGGUACAAAAAUAAAAGGACACCAAAGUAUAUUAGUAACUGAUCAAACUAGUUGUAUAUCUGUAUAUCCCUUAAAUGAGUUUUAAAUCCAAUAAAAAAAUUU